UCCUGUAGUUGUUGCUGUUGUUGUUACAUAACGCUGUUUAUUUCACACGGUGGUGAUAGCAUGGCGUACUCUGCAGCUCGAAGGACUUUGAACAUAGUAAGAAAUCCAGCAGCCACUGGAUUGCUCCGUAUUCCUACUGCAUCGUACCAUCCCAAUGUGAUUGAUCACUAUGAAAAUCCCAGAAAUGUUGGUUCUCUUGACAAGAAUGAUGUAAAUGUUGGCACAGGGCUAGUUGGUGCACCAGCCUGUGGUGAUGUCAUGAAACUUCAGAUAAGAGUUGAUGAUGAUGGCAAAAUUAUUGAUGCUAAAUUCAAGACAUUUGGUUGUGGCUCUGCCAUUGCUUCUAGCUCCUUGGCAACCGAGUGGAUCAAAGGAAAAACGCUAAAUGAUGCUGGUGCAAUAAAAAACACAGACAUUGCAAAGGAACUAAAACUUCCGCCCGUCAAGCUACAUUGUUCAAUGCUUGCAGAAGAUGCUAUCAAAGCUGCUUUGAAUGAUUACAAGACAAAGAAAGCUAAAAGCAAUUGACUUUGAUGUAAAAACAUUUGUUUUUACCUAAUUAUACCCUUGAAUGUUUAAAUGUAUAUUUUAUUAUUCUAAUCAUUGCCUUUUUAUUUAAUACUUUGCACAAACUAAACACAUUCUUUGCUUAUUUUCUGUAAAAUUAAAGUUAGGUGAAAGGUUAAAGGACAAGUGACACACUUUUCACCCUAUCUUUUCUUUCCAUUAACUUAUAGAUCAUCAUUUAGAAGUAAGUUUUUCCUGGUUUAGAACAAAAAAUUCUAAUCAGGGGGCGCAGGGGGCGCAAUUUUGCUUUUUAUCACGUGACCCUAUGACGUACAUUGUGAUAACUCGGAAUUUUCCUGUCAUUAAUAGAGAGUUUACGAAACAGGACGCGACAGGUCCAGAGGAACUGAAUUCGUUCAGAAGCGUGUUGUAAACAUUAAUAUUGCACUGUAUACCAGUAGCAGCAAUAAUAAAUUAUCACAAUCUACGUCACGAUGUCACAUGAUUCAAUUCCCGCCAUAAUUUGAAAAUGGUUUUUAAGUAGGAAAAUGAAAUCAGAAAGGAAAAAUAUUUCAACAACACUCUCAUACAGCAUUUUACUUUGAGUUAAAAGAAGAAAAAAAAUUGGCGCCAAAAGCGUGUCACUUGUCCUUUAAGAUUUUAUUUGGUUGAACACAAUGCCAUUGAUUAUUGUUA